AUGUUCAAGCCCACGCAGCCAAUGAUGGUGCGUUUGCGCUUGACUACGAAGCAGGUCAAUGGCGGCUACUACAAGGGAAACCGGACCGGCUCUAUGGGUCAUUUUGACAAGAGAGGCACAUACAGGCCCGAUAUGACAAAGCACCGUGUUUAUAUGCCUGCGGAAAAGCUUGAAAUUCCUGGCAGGGCACAUUACGCCGAGACUGCGAAAGAGCCAUUCAUGCUCGCCCCCUUCAUCACAAAACACAUGCGCAAGACACCGUCGAACUACGUCCAAGAUAUCGAGAGAAAUGGCCGAAAGAUUACUGUGAUCAGAGGAUUUGAGGGCAAGGACUACCUGGAGAAGUGGGCUGAGACCGUUGAAGCCGAAGAGGCCCGACUAGCACAACCCCACAUCGAAAAGACUGUGAAGCUUGAAACCAAGCCAACGCCGCAGCCUAAGCAGACUAAGCAGAUUGAAGACCAAAACCUGGCCCAAACGCCCGAGACUGCCAAGCCCAAUCCCUCGAAGACCCUUUUCUAG